AUGCACCGCAAAAACCCCAUCUCCGUGCUGGUCUACAACACACUCUUUCCCUCGCCCCUGCCAACAGACCCGCCCUCCUUUUCCGCGCACCUCUCCAAGAACCUCGUCGGCGAAGUCCGCAUCGAGACGGCCAACUUCUACGGCUCGCUCGACACCAUCGAGGCGCGGUACCCCGGGCUGAACUACGCCCACGGACCCCACCGAAAGCGCCUCGGCCGCUUCCCGCACCACAGACGCCUCUUUGACGCCUUCGACCGCCUUGGACUGACGGAGAGCGAAAUCCAAGGGUUCUGCAGGUGGGAGGGCACGCUGUGGGCGCGCGAGCGGUACGAGCGCGACGAGGGCGUACGGGUAGUGGACACGACAGGCAUGGAGAUUGGCGCGUGGGUGGAUAACCGACACAACCGACUCGCCAACCGGAAAGGGAUCAACGUCAAGACGGAUAUUGAAGUGGAAAUCGAACGCGUGCCUACUACUGCUGAAGGCGCAGGCGAGCCGCGACAUGCGACCGCAGACACGGAGAUGGCGGACACGGAGAGCGAGGACAGCGAAGACGACGCACAGGACCACCUCGACGCAAGCGUAGGAUUCGAGCUGAACGCGCGGCUGCUCCACGCUGCGGCGCUGCGGGAUCAGGGCGCGAACGUACCCAUGGAUCCCGAGUGGGAAGCCUACCUCAAAGAAGCGCAGGAGCGGGGCGAACUGAACAUCGACGCCACAAGAGAGGCGCUGCGCACUAUGGCCGGCCAGCUCGUACAGAUGGGACAGCAAGCUGCUGCCGCCGCCGCCGCGAACGAGGGACAGGCGGCUGCAACACCACAGGAUUUGGAGCAGCCACAGACGUUCCAGCACCCCGCUGCGCCGGCUUAG